UUAAAAAAAGGAAAAGAUCGGGACAUGGUACUCCUAGUAAAAAGUAGUAAAAGCUUUUUGCUGCCAAUCUCCACCACUUACUACCUUAAAAAGAUCCACUUGUUUCCACUCUCACAGUCCAAAUCCCAAAUCUUUACUGCACUCUUUGUAUUAUUUUUUUAAUUUUAUUUUUUUCAAGGCUUUCGUUUGCAGCACCCACUGCUUUGGAGGCAGGGGCAAAGGGUGAAAUGAAAUACUACUUCGAAAGAAAAUUAGUGGAAAAAGGGGGAAAAAAUUAGUAAUUAAUAAAGAUUUGCCAUCCUUUCUGCAAAUUUCACAGAGAGCUGUCGACCCUUCUAUUGUUUUCUCUUUUCUUUUUUUUUUUUCUCUUUUGUUGGCUCUUAUUACAAACACCCCCCACCCCUUUUAUUGAUGGUGUUGCAUUUCUCCUUUUUUCUUCUGCAACAACCACAACUAAAACCCUUUUCUUUUCUUUAACCAAAAUUCCAUUUUUUUGGUUUCUUGAAAGAAUCCUCAAAAGCCAAAGCCAUGUCAGGUCUGUAUAAUCCCAACUUCUCACCUGCGAGAGCUGCUUCUCCACAGAUUAGAAGCACCCCAGACGUUGACAGUCAGUACUUAUCAGAGCUGUUGGCAGAGCAUCAAAAGCUUGGACCUUUCAUGCAAGUCCUUCCGAUAUGCAGCCGACUGUUAAAUCAAGAGAUAUUUCGAGUCUCAGGAAUGAUGUCCAACCAAGGAUUUGGUGACUUUGACCGGAUGCGGCAUAGAAGCCCCAGUCCCAUGGCUUCUUCAAACCUUAUUUCAAAUGUUUCUGGGACAGGAUUAGGUGGCUGGAAUAGUCUUCCUCAAGAGAGACUAAGUGGACCUCCUGGGAUGACAAUGGACUGGCAAGGUGCACCAGCAAGCCCUAGUUCAUACACUGUGAAGAGGAUUUUGCGUCUUGAAAUUCCUGUUGAUACAUAUCCAAAUUUCAAUUUUGUUGGACGGCUUCUUGGCCCUAGAGGCAAUUCAUUAAAACGGGUAGAAGCUACAACUGGCUGCCGUGUAUACAUUAGAGGCAAGGGAUCUAUAAAGGAUCCAGACAAGGAAGAGAAGCUCAGAGGCAGACCUGGCUAUGAGCACCUGAAUGAUCCACUCCACAUCUUAAUUGAGGCUGAUUUACCUGCUAAUAUUGUUGAUAUAAGGCUUAGACAGGCACAGGAAAUCAUAGAGGAAUUACUUAAACCUGUGGACGAGUCACAAGAUUUUAUCAAGAGGCAGCAGUUGCGUGAACUGGCAAUGCUAAAUUCCAAUUUCAGAGAGGAGAGUCCUGGUCCAAGUGGUAGUGUUUCUCCUUUUAAUUCCAGUGGAAUGAAACGUCCCAAAACAGGACGCUGAGAAUUUAAUAAUAAAUUUUCUGAAAAUGUUUCUACCCUACUCCAGAAUUUCAUAGCCAUGUAUACCUUCUGUUACAUAUCAGUUCAGCAGAGCUUGAAAAGAUUAGGCUAACGGUUCUUGCUGGUGAGCUUUCUGGUGGGUUCUUCAUUAUUAAAUUGUUUUGCUUUUUGGCAAAAGAAAAACAAAAAUGAAAAAAAAGAAAACAUUUAAAAAAUGAAUUAUAUAGUUGGCUCUCGGAGUUUAGGUUUGGUGAGGUCAGUUUUUCUGUAAACUCAAUACAUUCAUUGGAUUUAUUCUUGUGUUAUUAGCUUUAAGGAGUGUGCAAUAUAUAUUUUCUGUUGCAAGCAUUAGGCCUUGUGAGGUGGGAUCGAGUUUUGUAGGUGUGUCAUGUUUGUUGUUCCGUUGUAGUUUAUAUUAAGCAUAGAAAAUGUAAGUUGGGUCCUCUAUUCUUAUUCUUUUUUUUUUUUUGGUUGACUAUCUUGAACCAUAUGGAUCUUCUCUUCUCUCUGGAGUCAUUUUUUUUCGAAAGUAGUUAGAAUGUUAUUUGAGAGAUUAUUAUGGCCCAUGCACCUUCUCGUAUUGGCUGGAAUUUGUAUCUUUAAAAGCUUUGAUGAAGAAAGUUUGUUAAAAGA